AUGGAAUCAGGAGUUGAGCUGAACCCGAUCAAAGAUCAACGUCAUGCAUCAGGCAGAAGAUUUUCCUAUUUGGGAUUAAUAGUUGACCAGAAUGAAUUUUUAGGGUUGAAUUUGAUUGCUCAAACCAAAGCUUUAUGCCCAAAUGGGAGGGUGUGUGGAUGGUGCCAACUGCAUUUUGAAGCCCGUAAAGAGCUUCAAUGGUUUGGUUGA